GAAAAUGGCUGAUAAUGGUCAUCCUAUUUGUGUCAUACUUUACGUGAUUUUUGUAAAUAUAUUAACUGACAAGGGAUGCGUGAUAUGAAACGAUUACAUCGAAAAGUAACUGUUUUCUCUGAGAGAUAACUUCAGUUACGAGGUUUUGUAUACAAGGAAUUCCAAGAUGUCUUUAAACAAGGCUACAGAAAUAAAAGGCAAUGAGAUCGAUAAAAGCAAACGUCGCCAUAAAACUGACGACACUAUUAUUGCGACAGCAGCAAUGAGUGGUGGUGAAGAUACAGUGCAAUAUACAAAGAUGGAGAACGCAGAUAUCACAGGAAAGCCUACAGAAUUAUGUUUACAAAGCAGCUCUCAUUUGAUGUCGAGUACUACAAGUAGUUUAGCUGAUACGCCCGGAGAUUCUGGUGUUUUGUGCUUGGACAGCGAAGCUUCCGAAGCUACCAGUCAAGCACUUAUGUCUCAUAGUCUAAUCGGAGCUGAAGAGUUAGCUUGUGACAGUCAAUAUGAUGCCCCUCCAUCGGGAUCUCAAGAUAUGAUCAAAAGUACAACCAGUAGUCUUAUGACACGAAGUGAUAUUGAUAAUCAAAACGUUGGAAUCCAUGAUGAUAUAGUCCCUGAACUUCUAGUUGAAACACACAAAAAACAAUAUGAGAAUUUACCGGAUGUAGUUUUGAAAGCCCUAGAAAGUGAGCAAGUGUGCACAGAAGAGCCAAAAAGACCUGCAAUAAGAACAAAUGAACCUAAAAAAUCUCUAUCUGAAGAUAUAGUAUAUAGACGAAGAUGUAGGAAGAAAUCUCAGAGUGGACCAAGUUCCCAAAAAAAGAGAGUAUCCUUUCAUGAAGAUAUUCUUAAUAAUACCAAAACAGAUAACAUUCACAUUGAACGUGGGUUUAUUUCAUAUGGGCCUGACAGUUCUUACUGUGAUAGAUUUAGACAGAAGAACAAUAUUAUGACUGAUAGGUUUUCAUGGUGUGCAUCAGGUGAUCGAGCCCCAAAAUAUGCUGCUGAUGUUGCCCAGCAAACUAUGUCAGAUAUUCUAACCUAUGGGGAUCCUAAGAGUGACAGAAGUGGCAUCUUUGAAUACUGUCAAGAUUAUGACCAAGAUAACCAGGACCAUACAGACAAAGAAAACAAUAAUGAAUCAAGGCCAACUGGCAAACUUUAUGGAUGUGACUCUAACAGCUCUGAUUCAAAUUUUAGCUGUGAUUCAGAAAGUUCUUCAAGUGACUCAACAUCUUCUCAUACCACCUCUAAUAAAACUGAGACAACCCUUUUGCCCAGGAAAUGUGAUAAAACUCAAAAAUCUUACUCUUGUGAUGGCUUUGAGAAUAAUACUCAUGUAUCAUUUAUGAGAAAAACCUAUUUUUCAGAAGCUGAUAUAGAUCAAACUCAUGAUCGUAUGAAAAAACCUCUUGAAGUCACAGAUAGCCCAAAUCAUGUAAAAUCAGUGUUGAAAAAGAAAAGGUACAUACCUACAAACAUUGUAGAAGAAAGGAAACAUAAUAGAAAAGGUUUAAAUUUACUAGAUGCAAAUAACAUAAUUGACUCUUUGAAAAACUUCUAUAAGAAUUUUAAUUUCAAUUUUGCCCCUGAGAAAGGUUUACCUGAGAAUAGCCUAGAACUCCAAAAUGUGGUAGAAGCUUUACCAUGUGAUGUCAACCAGAACAGAAAUUUAUCAAAAAGCCUAGAUUCUGGUAUUCAAGCAGAAGAUGAAGAUGAUUUUGUUGAAAUAAGUCUGAAUGGUCAACCAGCUGAAAAACCACAGGAAAUUUCUGUAUCUAAAAAUAAUAUUGCUGGAGAAAGGACACCAAAUGAAGGAUCCCCACGACAUAAAUUGACAUUAAACAUGAAGACACAAUUGGACAAAAAGUCUUUAAAUAAAGCUGAUGCAUUCCCACCCUUGAGUAAAUAUGUUGUGAAUUGUGAAAGUACAGUGUAUGAACAUAAGGGGGUUUCUUAUAGUUAUGUGCACGAUACAUUCCAGACUGCUUUUGAUGCUCCUAAAGAGAGUUUUGUUCCAAUACCUGAAUCUACACCAAUAAAUGAACUAGUGAUGAGUGCCAGCAAAACCGAUUUGAGUUCAAAAGUAUCAGAUAUAGACACAUCAAGUAGAACAUCUACACCAAAACGCCAAUUCAAUAAAAACAUUCAAGAAGAAACAGAACAAAAGAAUGGUAUUCCAAAACAUUUAUCAUCACCCAAAAAGCAGAAUGUCAAUAGGUACAAUCGAAAGUCUGCAUCAACUGUACACAAAGUAAUUGAUGAACCAACUCUAGCUAAUAGUGACAACUGCUCAAACACAGACAACUCCACUCUCAAAGGUGCAGAUGACUUCAAUGAUGAAUACUUGGACAGUCCUGCCAAUCAAAAGCUACAGUCAAAUAAAUCUGCAUUACUUAAUAGAUACUUGAAAAAUGUAUGUCAAAAGAAAGAUUUAGAAAUGAAAAUUAGGAAUAAUAAAUUUUUCCAAUUGAAGCUUAGGCUAGAAAAGCACUUCCCAAGCAUCAUAUUUCCUUUUAAAGAAGUUUCGGAUACAUUUCACAUUUCUGCAGAGAGAAUGUCUCGUUUGAUAGACAAAGAGGUCAUUGAAAACAAGAGGCUAUCUGUAAGGUUGCUUACAGCUGAAGAGCCUUCAUACUUUGACAGUUUUGAAGAUAAUGUUGCCAUUGAAUGCAAUGAGAAACUUAGAUUGAAGAUUUUCUCCUAUCCCAAUGAAACUUUAAAUAGGAUGAUGAAAGUUCAAUCACCUUAUGAUAUGGAAGAUGGAUCGUGGUCACCUCUAUUAGUUUUUAUAACUGAUUAUGCACUGUACGUAGCAAAUUUAACUCAAGGAGGUACUGAAUAUGAAAUAAUAUGUCGACUUCCUCACAAUGAGCUGGAUGCAAUUGCUGUUGGUCCAGACACUCAAUACAUCCAAAUAAUAGAUGUUUUUGGCAACAUAGCCUGUUCAGUGGUGACAGGUGAAUCAUCUCUGGGUGCACGGUUGGCGUCAUCGCUGGAAUGGAGCGCUCGCAACUCACCCCUACGGAUACAACGUCCACCUGCGAUAUUACCGCUGGACUGCCACCAACUAGCUGCUGCAGUCACAAGACAGAAGAAAGAGCGACGAGUACCCGAAAUAUUGUACUAUGGACAUGCAUGUUCUGGUGACACGGGAGACAGGUUGAUCGAAGCCCCCGGAGCCUUCGCGCCGCCCCUCGAGGGCUACCUUAUGUGCAGAACUGACAAGUCUAAACGAUUUGAACCUUGCUACUUUUUACUUAGGGCGGGCGUGUUACACUGGGGUGCUCAUUCACCGGACGGUACAACGCCGUUGCCUCACAACAUCGCGCUCCGGUCAGUGUUGGGCGUGAGGCGGCACGUGGACGCAACGAGGCGGCCUCACUGCUUCGAGAUCGCGCUUGCUGACAACAGCCGGUUGCUACUGGCCGCACCGGACGAUGCGACCGCCUCGUCGUGGCUGCAGUCGUUGCUGCUGCACGCUGCUCAGUCAUUAGAAGAGAAAGACGGCGUCAAAAAGGCGGAUACGCUAAAAGGACCGCCGCCAGCGUGCACAGUUUUGGUGACGCCCACCGAGGUCAUCAGUCUGAGGGACUCACUAGAUCUCAGUUUUGUCACAGGAGCCGCGGCCUACCUCAAGGACAGAGGCUCUGAGUCGUUACUCAAAGAAUACAUAGAAGAAAUGAGAACAGAUGUCGAGAUACUGGCGUGUGGAUCGAUAAAAAAUUUGACGGCAUUCAAAAUACCAGACACAGACGAAAAUUGGUGCUGCCUGGAGUGGAGUGUAUGUGAGGCCCGCGAGCGAGGUGCGGGGCUAGCACUAGUGUUGGCGAGCGGUGCGGAACUGGAGCGAUUCAUAGCCGCCGUUGAGUCGGCCUUCUGUGCUCUUACUUGUGAGCCGUUCCCACUGAGUGUAGUGGAAGCGAGCAAGUCCGCUUGCAGUACCGCUCAUUCCAAGUACGAAAUGGCCUGGACGCAUAUGUUACCGGCUCAGCAGUAAGCGAUUACUAAUAUAUAAAACUGUUAAAGACAAUUUGACGCUCCGCAUAAGAAUAUGGCAACACUUUUAUGUAUAAAAUCAUAUUAGAAAAAGUUUUAAUAAUACUGUGUUGCUAUAUAUAAGUCGCUAUAAUAUACUUUUAGUGAUAAAAGUCACUUUCUACAUUGUAGUGUUAUUUUCAUAAAAUAACAUAAUUAUUUAAUGAAGUUAUCUUUUAUUGCGACACUUGAUAAAGUGAAAAGAAUGAAUUUAGUUUGUUUGCUUAUAUUUACCACUUUAAGAUUAGUGUUUACAUCACGUUUG